AUGGUGCCUCAACCCCGACCGGGAACCUUCUCGCCGAGCCCAGCCCAGCCCAUCAUCACUGGCAUCGCCCACUCUCCCCAUCCCUCUCACGCCGGCGCGCUGAGUGCGGGUGCUAGCCCCAGUACCAGCAGCCCAACCGGGUCAAAUUCCCUGACCAAGAUUGCAGUCGCCCAGGUCUACCUCCUUCUGAGCACCAUCAAGGAGGACAAGGACGAUCCCCGCAAGUGGGAAUCACAAAUCGAGUCCUUGCGCAAGCUGCUCGAUGAACACGGCAUGGAGGUGUUUACGAGAUACUUUGCGCGCCUCGUGGUCGCAAAUGCGUCCCAGAUAUUUCCGGGCCCCAACAGGCCUGUAGUAAACCCAGGGAACCACCAUCUCCUCGUCGCCGAGAUGCGGAAGCUGUCCCACGAUUUUGCCCAGGCCAGGAAGAUCGCCGAGUCUAUCGAAACCGGCACCGAAGAUAUCUUCCGCGACUUCGACCUGUCCACCUUCAUGGAACAUUUUCAAUUGGAUGCUCUUGAAAAGACCCUUUUGGCCCUCGCCUUUAAGCUUGGCUCUCGGACCGACUUGAAAACCAGAGCUGAUGCCAUCCUCUCCACGAACUUCCCGACAUUUGUCAACAUCUUGAGCCAGCCAAAUGGAGAGCAUGCUGAUCUCGAGCCUGAUUUCGUCGCCGAGCUUCUCGACCGCUUCAUUCAAGUCCACCCGCCAAACUUCAAUGCCGCCGCGAAGCGAGAAUUGGAGCACAAGGUGCAACUCCGAUACGCUCAGUCUCAGGAUGCCAAGCCGGCCCCGUCCCAGGUCCUGGCCGCCCUGGAUCUAGUGCGAAUGCUUGCCGACAAACCGCCCAAUGCCCUUGCGCUGUUCAUCCACCGGACCGGAUCUGUGUUGACACAGGACGAGGAGAUCUGCACCGGUUACCUCCAAAAUCGGCCCGCCAACAUCCACCUCAGCGAAGAGCAAGUGUCGGUAGCCUUGAUGUACACGACCAUCAGCCAAACCCCGUGUUAUAACCCUUCGGUUCUAGUUGCUUCGCUCAGGCGUAUCCUGCCCGACGGCUUCAGGUGGCAGGACGUGGUGUCGUACUUUGACCACAGCGGGGCUCGGGUCACGUCGGCCCAGUUUCUGCGCCUGUACAACGCGCUGUUGCCGAUAGCACGGGAGGACAGCGACAGGUUCGACAUCCAGCGCUUAUGGGGCGGGGAGUGGGAGAAUCCGGAAACCCAGCUCUCCUUCAUCUGCGCCUUCGCAUCCCUCAAGCCGGAACAGCUGGAUGCCACGACGAUUCCGGGGCUCAAGCCCACUUUCACGGUACAGGAGUACGCGCAGUCUCCUCCGCCAGUUCGAGAAACGGCAGCAUAUGCUGUAAAGCACCCCCUCGUCUCAGAAGCCGCGCUUUCUGCCGUCUUCAACGUUGCGCUCCACUCAAUGCACGCCUCGCAAAGCAUCGAAGCCAAGCGCCUCUUCCAAAACGUGGUCAUUCAUAACCUGGCCAUCUUUGUCGUCUCGGCAUUCGGAGUGCCAAAGCCCUGGCCCAGCAUGGCCGAAGAUACGCUCGUGUCUCUGUUUGAUAACUUUCUCCCAAGAUCGCCCGAGGCCGACUUCGUCAUGGACAGCCUUUGGAGGAGGGACAAGGAGUGGGUGAAGCAGCGGCUCAUAGAUGCACACGCCCUGAAGCCCAUUAGUCUGCCGCUCAUCUUUGACCACGCGGUGCGCCAGAAUUGGCUCGACGAGCUUGUCUACCUCCCCAACGGAUUUGGGCUCGACCUGACCGCCCUGGCGCAUGCCGAAGGAUACCUGGAUCUACAGCAGUGGGCUCGGAGAAACGCCGACAGGAGUCCCGAGAUGGCCAGGGCGCUUCUGCAGUUCUUGUUAAUAAAGGCAAACUUCGAGCUCCAAUACCAGCGCCCUCCAGAUGGCCAACCACCCGUCAAGGCGAGCACGACCCUGCAGGUCAGGACCGUUCACGCGCUGCUCCAGAUAUUGGAAGAGUUCCUCCCCAAGUCGCCCAUGCAAGACUUGAUCUUGGUUCAGCGAACCUGCAUCACCGUGUAUCCAAGGCUCAUCAACUAUGGGGAAGGCUUCGACGACAUCAUCGACGCCAACGGCCGUGACGGCAAUGCGCUGCCAUUGGCCGCUAAUGCCAAGAUGGAGGAGCAUUACAAGAAGAUGUAUGGCGACGAAAUACAAGUCCGCCAUGUGGUCGACAUUCUGGAGCGGUACAAGCGCUCUCGCGACCCCUUGGAUCAAGACAUUUUUGCGUGCAUGAUACACGGCCUGUUCGACGAGUACGCACACUACGUCGAUUACCCUCUUGAAGCACUGGCGACGACAGCAGUCUUGUUUGGUGGAAUAAUUUCCCACAAGCUGGUCUCCGAUCUCCCGCUCCAGGUUGGGCUAGGCAUGGUCCUCGAAGCCGUCCGAGACCAUCGCCCCGACGAGUCGAUGUACAAAUUUGGAUUGCAGGCUCUUAUGCAGCUCUUUGGUCGCCUCCGUGAGUGGCCAGGUUUCUGCGCUCAGCUCCUUCAAAUUCCCGGCUUGCAAGGAACCGAGGCCUGGAAGAAGGCUGAAGAGGUGGUUCGGGAACACGACGAAGAGCUUGCCCGCUCGCGUAACGGCGCCGGCAUCGCCACUCCGGGCAUGCUUGGCCACGACAAGCUGACCAACGGCAGUGUCGAAGACGGCCUGGUCUCGGAGCAGCACCCGCCACCCUUCGCCUCUGUGAACGUGGAUCCGCCUCCACCGGGCGCCGUGUAUGAGGACCCGAGCGAAGAAGCUCAAGGCAAAAUUCAAUUCGUGCUCAACAACCUCACGGAUACGACGCUGCAGUCCAUGUUCAAAGAACUCCGGGACAUGCUGGAGGCGAAGCACCAGCAGUGGUUCGCCAGCCAUCUGGUUGAAGAGCGUGCGAAAAUGCAGCCGAACUACCACCACGUGUACCUCGAGCUGGUCAAGCAAUUCGAGAAUAAAUUGCUGUUGGCGGAGGUCCAGCGAGAGACGUACAUCAGCGUAUCGCGCAUGCUCAACUCAGAGCUGACGAUGCAAAACUCGACCGAACGCACACACCUCAAGAACCUCGGGGGCUGGCUCGGUCUCCUGACUCUCGCGCGUGACAAACCGAUCAAGCACAAGAAUAUCGCUUUCAAGCAGCUUCUCAUCGAGGCUCACGAUACCAAGCGGCUCAUUGUUGUCAUCCCCUUUGUCUGCAAGGUUCUGAUCCAAGGAGCCAACUCGAAUGUCUUCAGACCGCCCAAUCCUUGGCUGAUGGAUAUUAUCCAUCUCCUGAUUGAGCUCUAUCACAAUGCAGAGUUGAAGCUAAACCUCAAGUUCGAGAUUGAGGUGCUGUGCAAGGGCCUCAACCUGGACCACAAAGCCAUUGAGCCCUCUGGAGAAAUCCUCAAUCGAGCCCCGGUUGAGGAGAUGGGCGACAUGCUCGGGCCCGAGCUUCUGGAUAAUUUCGAAAGCCUCUCUCUCAAUGGCAUGACCGGCGUCAACAGCACGCUCUCCUCUCACCCAGCCUUCGCCAUUCCAGAUCUUGGUCCGAACCUGUCGAUCCCUCAGACAGAGGUCGUCAGCGCUGCCAAGUUGCACGAGAUUGUCCGCCAAGCCUUGACUCGAGCGUUGCAGGACAUUAUCCAACCCGUGGUGGAUCGUUCUGUGACCAUCGCUGCCAUAUCGACGCACCAAAUGGUCCGCAAGGACUUUGCCACCGAACCCGACGAGAAUCGGGUGCGGACAGCGGCUAUCAACAUGGUCAAGAGAACGGCCGGCAGCCUGGCACUCGUCACGUCCAAAGAGCCGCUGCGCGCAAACCUCGCCAAUUACCUGCGCAACCUCUCGGCCGACUUGCCUCAAGGGUUGCCCGAGGGCAUCAUCAUGCUGUGUGUUAACUCCAACCUUGAUCUGGCCUCUAGCGUAAUUGAGAAGUGUGCCGAGGAGCGCGCGGUACCCGAGAUUGAAGAGAUGAUGGAGCCAGAGUUGGAGGCGCGCCGUCGCCAUAGACUCCAACGGCCUUCGGACCCCUAUAUCGACCAUGGACUGAGUCGCUGGGCGAUGACCAUUCCUCACCCGUACAAGCUCCAGCCUAACCUCGGUGGUCUCAAUGCUGAGCAGAUGGCUAUCUACGAUGACUUUGCCCACCAGUCGAGGGCAAACUCUGCGGCGGCAGCCCCUUCGCACGUGCCAACGACGUCGGCUACCAGAUCCCUGGCCAACGAGGCUCUCGGUGAUCAGUUCAGCGGUGUCAGCAACAUGCCCACCCCAACCGAGACGCCGUCCAUGUCCCACCUUGGGGUGCAGCUUCAACAUUACCCUCAAGCUCACGUUGGUCUAGCGAAUGGCCGGCAGGUGGCCAUCAAUCAGAUUGACUCUCGAAGCGUCGCCGAGAGGAUCAACAAGCUGCUGGAGCAGCUGACAUCGGCCGCGUCCAACACGUCCGAGGGUCAUUUCAGCGACCUGCCCCGGUCUCACCCGGUCCUGGAUCUCGUUGACGCCCUGGUCCAACUGGUUAUCAAGACUCAGCAAACAUCGGAGGAGUUUGCAGCCUACGCCGCGAACCAGAUCGCCCAAUUGCUUUUCCGCCAACCGGAGGGAGAGCUGCUGCUGGAAUGCCUGGUCCACGUUCUCGAGACCCUCAGGAAGAUUGCGGGGCCUAUGACAAGCGAGCAGAUCCGCCAGCUCUUCCAUCAGCAACCUGGCCAAUUGUUCCUCAACCUCCCAUUAAUUACUGCGCUGCUGCCUACGGACCUCCUCGAUUGGAGAAGCAUCGACGCGGCGACGGCUAAGCUUCUUCAGCAGCGGAAAGAAGGGUCAAUAACAUUCCUCGAGCAGCUUAUGGACCUGACGCUCCUCAAUGAUAGCCCACUCGCUCUCUAUGCCGAUUUCGUGCGCAGCUUAGAGGAGGCUUGGUCGUGGAUCAUGGAGGAUCCAGAUGUGCCGGGCGGAGCGCGCUUCAAGUCCAAGGUGCUGGCUCCGGCACCUGAGCGGCCCGCCAAUCUGAGCAACGAGGAACUGGCUGCCAUGCACUCCGAACAGAUGGACUAUGUCUUCGAAGAAUGGAUAAAUCUCUGCAACAAUCGCUCUGCUACCGACAGGUCAUCCAUGAUCUUUGUCCAGCAAAUGCACACUCGCAGCGUCGUCAGCAACAAGGAAGAUUUCCUGCUUUUCACUCGCCAAGCCUUGGACAGGUCUGUCGAACGGUUUGAGCAGUGCAUCCAAUCCGGCGGCGGCUUAACAGAAGCCUACCAGGCCAUUGAGGCGCUGGUUAAGAUGGUCAUGAUCUUCGUCAAAGCGCAUCUGGACGACGAGAAUAAAAAUCAAUCAGAUGGUGUGGCUUUCUUCGACUCGAUUCUGUCUCUUGGCGUGUUGGUUCUGAGCAAUCAUCACGUCAAGCGGGAGGAGAGCUUCAAUCAGCGAGUCUUCUUUCGGUUCUUCUCGCUCAUCCUGCACGAGGUGGCAGAUCUGACGGGGCAUCUUACCGAGAGCGACCAUCAGCGGAUUGUGUUGAAGUUCGCGGCCCGUCUUUAUGAUCUGCGAUUAACCUUGUACCCAGGAUUCAUCUUUGGGUGGAUCGACCUUUUGACACACCGCAGCUUCUUGCCCAUGAUUCUCCGGCUGCCGGAGGAGGCAGGAUGGGAACCCUUCACCAGAUUGCUCACCCAGUUCUUCUCGUACGUGGGAGACCUCCUGAAGCCCUUCGACGUCUCGACCCUUGCCAAAGGCCUGUAUCACGGCGUUUUGAGGCUGUUGGUUGUCCUCCAUCACGAUUUCCCCGAAUACCUGGCUGCGAAUCACGUCGAGCUGUGUCUGAGCCUGCCGCCCCAUGUGACGCAGCUCAUCAGCUUCAUCCUCGCGGCGACUCCGCCUGCAUUCAACCAGCUGGCCGAUCCGUAUCAGCCGGGGCUCAAGGUGGAUAGGAUCCCCGAGAUGAAAGACGCGCCGCCCUCGACGUUCGAUUCGGCCGGCGUACUGCGGAGGAUCGGCCUGCUGGAUAUUCUGGAGCACGCAUUGCAGCACGGUCCGUCGGAGGACGCGAUCGCGCAAAUUAGCCAUGCCAUCAGCAGGGUCGAAGGAGACGAUUAUACCUUUGGUCACGUUCCCAUGGCGGUAAACCGCCGGGUCAUCGAUGCGGUGAUUGCGCAGUUCCCCCGUUUCGCCGUCGCCCGCGCCGCCUCCAAGAGCGAUACCCCAAUUUUUGUCCUCGGCGCCUCGGACAUCAAGACACUGCACAUGCUCGUCGCCGAGGUGUCGGCCGAGGCGAGGUACUACCUUGUUAGGAGCAUGGUCAACCAGCUCCGGUUCCCGAACGCGUCGACCAACUACUUCAGUCACGCGCUCCUUGACAUCUUUGGCCAGGGGGACAUGUCGGACCCGGAGGAGAUGGACAUUCGCCAGCAGGUCGUGCGCGUCUUGUUGGAGAGGCUGGUGGGGUACUGGCCGCAGCCGUGGGGGCUGAUGAUCAUGACGCUGGAGCUGAUCAAGAAUGAGAGGUAUCACUUCUUUGAGCUGCCGUUUAUCAAGGCGACGCCAGAGGUCGCCCAACGGUUUGCUGAGCUGCUACGCCCUGCUGCAUAG